AUGCUUCUUGAAGGCGACGCCACCACAGCGGGCAGGAUGAUGCAGAUCAAGACUAGCAUUACUGAGCGGUGGUGCAGCGUGGUCGGGGACAAGCUGAGCUUAUGGAACCACGUGCCGCACAAGAUAGCAUUCCGUGAAGUUCGAGACCGGGCGCUUGCGAAUUGCGUCGGUCGGGUCAUAGAGGCUGAGCACAAGCAGACGAAGGGCGCAGUUACUCGAAACUUCACCUACGCGAAGCCAGCUGUGGCGCGCGCGAGGCAGCGCAAGUUGCAGGCCCUGUCGACCCUGGCUGACCCCAAAGCGAUGCACUGGCUCGCGCAGCACUGGUCCGACAAAGAUCAUUGGAAGAGAGUUCUGGCUCACGUAUCACAGGGGGACGAGGUCCCCCGUCUCACUCUGGCGCAGAGGCACGAGAAGUUGAGAAUUCGGCACGUUGCGAAGAACUCGACAUCUAUCAACGUUCAGGUUUUCAAGGUUAUUGAAUGGUCCGAUGGUCCUACAGUGACGCUGCGCGCGGUGCCUGGCAUCGUGCGCUUUGAUCUCCUGUGUUUGAACAGCGCAGGCCGCCUGAGGGAGCUCAUGGAGCACUUCGUCAAGUGGAACAUCGGAGAGUCCACUCGCAAGGUCGAUCUCAUUCCUUUGCCAGCGCCCGGAGCUCCAGGAAUGCUGCCUAUUCUUCACCCUGAAGUCCCCGACGAGGAGAUCGCGAUCGCGCCUGUCGGUGACGAUGCGCGCGAGCCGAAUGUCCUGACCCAGGGGGCUCGCCUUGUUGCACAGCACCUGGUUGACAUGAAGGCCUUCUCUGUGUGCGACGCUCGUGUACCACUUCUUGCACUACCAGAUGCCAGUGGCAGAUCUAUUCCCGAGCUGGUCGAGACAGGCAUUGUGAUUGAGAGUGAGAGUGCAGAUAUUGGUGCUCACGCGUUCUUGACAGACGUCGCGAAGCGGCCCAAGAUGUACUAUCUGUGCCUAGCCAGGUCGGGUGCCAUCUUUGGGCGGCAAGCUGAUCUCGAACACAUCGACCAGUAUGCGACGGAGUCGUACUACAAGUGCAUCGUGUACAUGAAGAAUUUGUGCAGCAUCAUCGCCAUGGACGUGCCGAAUACUUCGGACAGCACCUUCAAGGACACGUUCAAGGGCAUGCAGCUUUACGAGCUUGUGGAUGACAUGGACGAUGACGGCGAGCCAGAGCUCGAAUUGGAGGAGCCUGCGCCCCCAGCCGCACUUCCUGCGGUUGCGCCGCUACCAGCCUUGAUGCCAGACUUACACUUGCCCCCUGUGGUCUACGUGGAGGACGGGGUUGAGUACAAGGCCGUCUUCGACAAGUUUACCCAUCUUAGUGGGCACAGGCCGACGUUGCGGCUUGCACGAGAGCUUCCGAUCUCAGAGCCGUGCGCAGGCAUGUUUAGUACUCACGUUUGUCUUAGAGAGUGGGGCAUCAACUACAGACCAGUGAACGUCUUCGAUAUGAUCGAGUGCUACAGAGAAGGCGACUUGCUGCAGUUCCCUCUUGCUGGGCUCAAGGAUUGCGACGGGCUUAUCGGGGGGCCGCCCUGCCCUCCAUGGGCUGCGAACGGGAAGCGCAAGGGUUGCCGAGAUGUUUGCAGCCUCGUGUAUGAUAGGCUCAUUGAGUGGAUCGUGCAUCUUGCAUCACGCGGUCAAUUGCUCUUCUUUGCCCUGGAGAAUGCCACAGGUAUCUUGUCAGAGUCCUCAGCCGGUCAUGGUUCUCAGCGUUACGUCGACUACGUGAUCAACUCCUUCAGGAAGCACAUCCCCUUCUUCUCCGUGACUUAUCACGUGGUGGAUACUGCGACGCUGACGCCUCAGAGGCGCAAGCGAUGCUGGGUCGUCGGCGUCAGGAAGGAUGUUCUUAGAGGGCAGCCACUUCCAUCUCCGCUACCCAUUGAGCGGCUUCCCAAGGUCGACCUUGCGGAUCUGCUCAACCCCAGCCUCGCGAACUUGGGCCCAGACGACUUGGACGAUCGGCUCCGCCGCAACCUGGCAGACUACAUGGGGGUCGUCAUCUUCGAUUUGGAAAGAGGUUUCGGCAAAGGGUGGAAGCCAAACAUCGCCUACGACGAAGCGCCCGCCUUCACCACCAAGACUACCAAACUGUUCGUGGCGAGCACCACCGAGCUGGACCUUGACCCUUUCAAUCGGAUGUACCGUCGUUUUCUGGCACCGGAGGAGAGGCUCGCGAUGCAGGGCCAUGGGCCUGACGUGGCGCGUUUCUUGGGCGAGGCGGCGCUGGUUAAGGCAUGCGGGGAUGCCUUCCCUGUGCCGAUGGUAGGCGCCGUGAUCAUCCCUGUAUUGCAGGCCGUCUGGGACGGCGGGAUAGCGACGGAGGGCCACGUCUCGCGCUCGCGCACUGCUGAGUACACAAAGAAGAAGGAUGCGAAGAAGCCGCUGACUGAUGAGGACGUGGACGUGAUGGCGAACAUCAACAAAAUGGCCCCAGACGAGAAGGCGGCCUUCUACCGCGCCGAGAAGCGUUUUAACCUGGAGCGGAAGUUGUCGCUGCAUUCGCGCCUUCGAAUUCGCCAUCGCACCCAAAAGGCGAAGCAGGUGGCCAAGGGCGGCUCGAGCAAUGGGAAGCGCAGCUUCGCAGGCGUCAAGGGCUCCGUCGAGCGCAGCAAGGUUCAGAGUUUGACGCGAGAUGAGCUGGACCUCUCCGAAACGUUCGAAGACUUCGCCCUCAGGCAGAUCGGCUUCAAGCGCUGUGAGGACGAGGCAGGUGCGAAACCAUUAUGGCUCGAGGCUCUGGCUGACCCUCAGAAACAGAAGAUCAAGUUUCGUGGCCAGUGGUUGCUCGGUAAGUUCGGCGGCGCCGCCAUGCACAAAGCGGUAUCUGACGAGUUGAGGAACGCCUUGAAGCUGGCUCAGAUGAUUGACAGCAAGGAGGGCCUCGACGAGUUCCUGACAGAGAGCGCGGAUCUUCAGGCGCGCCGCGAGAAGGGGAUCAAGAAGGACUACAUGGUGCAGCCCGACAAGGACCAGCCAGAGGUGAACGACUACGACGUCGAGGGCAGCGUGAAGGUCGACGAGGGGACGAUUAGCGACAGGGCUGUCAUGAAGACGAUCACCGCGCAGAUCGCCAAGAUGGCCGAGGACCUGGCCGAGCAGGAGAAGAGCAUCAUCGAGGCAGCCGCGGCGAAAUCGAGGUCAUCUGAGCAACCCACGCCUGAGCCAUCUCCGAACAGGAAGCCGAAGACUUCUGUCGCGGUGGCCAAGAUGGGUCUGGAGUCCGCUAUCAUCAGCCUGCGCGCCACCAUCGAAAGCAAGGUCGAGAACCUCAAGACGAAGUUCUACCAGGAGGCGAGCGAAGAACUUCGAGGCAUCCUGGACACGGAGGGGAAGCAGGAUCUGAAGGAUAUGACAGACGCCUUCGAGGUCAAGUUCGGGUCGUACUCGGCGAAGGCCGAGGACAGGAAGACGGAUAUCAGGAACUUGCUUGCGAAUCUGGACGUCAGCAUCGGCGCGGAGGCCAUCAUGAGCAAGAAAUGUGAGAUCAUCGUUUCUGCCAAAAUGUUCUGCAAGUCACAGGGCGCUGAGAUCAAGACCCUGGUGACUGAGCUCACUACCAUGAGCACAGACAUGAAGGCUUACGGCAAGAGUGCCCGGAAGGCGACAGAGAACAGGAACAAGGAGGCGACCAAGCACCUGCACAGCAAGAAUGCCUUGGUUGAUAGCCCUGGGAAGUUCGCAUCGCCCCUCACGUCCACGUUCUGGGCCCACCACCAGUGCGAAGCGAAUCAGGCGGCAUCGGGCAUCGGCAUCCACUGGGACAUUGGGCAGGAUUUCAUGAAGAACGGCAGCGCAGUCUUGAUCCCGUCCGAGAGGACGACGGAAUGCGUCAAGACGAUCGUGGAGCUGGCGUGCUACAGGUCUCAGAAGGCUUGGGUCAAGGCGGCGAUGGCCAAGACUACUCAUCACACGAGCGCCGCGUACAUCGUCAAGGAUUCCGCCAAGAAGACCGUGGAGUCGAGCAUCGCAUCCAUCGUCGAUGCCUCGGUGCGCCCCGGGCAGACGCGUGAUGGCUGCCCAUGGUUGAACGACCUCGCGGCGGUGAAAUUCUGGCACCACACGAAGGACUUGCACUCGAUCUCCAAUACUCCGCAUUGCAUGCCGCAGGUUCGCUUCGCCUUGGAGGGCGAGGCGGCGCUGGCUGGACUUCCCGUCGGCGCCGUGGUUGCGGACGCGCUGGUGGCGAAGCGGACCUCCCUGAUGAACAUGAGCUUGACCGACAUCUUCAACUUGGUCCAGACGAAAGGCGGCACCGCGGUGAAGCUCAAGCCCGGGUCGAUCGUCCUGCCCCCAGGGAAUUUCAUGAUCGUGGAGGUCGCUCUUGGCGGCGCCGAGGUGCACGGCCUGUGCUGGUCGCUGCUCGGCUCAAGGAGCCUGGCUUCCGUGUGCCUGCCGAUCUUGGAGCAGCUUCUGAAGGGGGCCGUCAGCAUGAAGAAGUCGCCGCACGUGGAGUUGCAGAAUCACCUGCAGGAGAUCACGGAGGCUGCGCCAGAGGACAUCUCCAUAGACUCUGGCUCGCAGGUCAGCCCCACCCAUCCCGAGGACGACGUUAGUGACACAGCCCCUCCUGCGGACGACAAGGUUGCCGAGGACCCCCCGCAGCUCUGGACAAAGCCUCCUGGCAGGCUGCUGCACAUUGCCUUCCACGUGGCGCGUCCGACGCUGGCGCACUCCAGCUCGGGCUGCAUCGGCGCAGCGCUCGCGAUCGCCCAGCAGCAGGCCGACCUGGAGGCGGAGAACUACCGCAGGGCCCAGGGCGGCGAGCAGCAGCUGUCCAGGCUAGUAGAGCAGGUGCAGUCCUCCGUGAUCGACGUCGAGCGCAUGGGCAAACGCCUGGAGGCGGAUAAGGGCCUGGAGCGGGGUGCGCGCGAGCGGCAGCUCGAGGAGAGGGAGAAGAGGACGCGCGAGCUGGAGAUGAGGCUGUCGUCGGAGACCAGGGAGGUGGAGGAGCAGCGGCGAAGGGUGUCCGAGCUCGUGAGGCGCAUGGAGGACAGCCAGCUCGAGGACAAGGCGGCCGCCGCCGCGGAGCGCGAGCGCCUCGAGGCCGAGCACCGGCGGCUGCUGGAGCUGCAGCAGGCGGUCCGCGACAGCGACAGGAGCAGCAAGGAGGCUCUGAAGCAUGCCUGGGCGCAGCUUGAGGACGGCCGCCGGGCCCUCCAGCAGGAGCGCCUCGCCUUCGAGGGCGACGCCAGCGCCCGCAAGGAGGAGGCCGACGUGCAGGACCGGCACCUGCGGCAGGAGGCCGAAAGGCUGCAGAUGCUGCACCAGCAGGUCGAGGUGGCCCGGCAGAACGCCUCGCGCCGCAUCCGCGAGACCGAGGCCACGAUCGCGGGUGAGCGCCGCAGCCUCAUGACCGACUUGGAGGUCUACGAGGAGAAGCGCGUGGCCCUCGCCGAGGAGGCCGCGAGGCUCGCUGCGGGCAGGGCCGCCCUCGAGGGCGCGAGGGCGUCCUUCGAGGAUGAGGUGAAGAAGGUGGGCUCCAUGGCAUCCGAGAUGCAGAGGCGCUCGGAGGAGGUGAGGGCCCUUCACGACCAGACCGCACUGGCCUACGCCGAGGUCCAGAGGCUCCGCGGCGCGUUGCAGGAGGAACGCCUCGCGCAGGGCAGCGAGAUGGAGCGGCUCAAGACCCUGCAGCAGAUGAUCGAGCAGCAGCGGCUGCAGCUACUCCAGACAGAGAAUCAGCUGUGCGUUCGAGGCAUCGAGGACAUCGACAUGAUGGUCACGACGUCCGCCACCUUCCCAGCCGACUGCGGGCCAGGCGGCGCCGCGGACAUCGCGCACCCGGAACAGUCGUGCGCCGCGGCGGUGUGGCAGCCUGGGGGCCUCCCGGGGUCGUCCGCGCAGGAGGGCGGCUACCACGCGUCGACGCCCCCGCCGCAAGCCGCCGCCCCGAGAAGGGUCACGCCUCCUCCCGUCGCCGCCACCCCGUGCCGCGCGGGCGCCGCCCCGUGGCCGCCGGCCUGCGGCUCGGGCUCCCGGGUGGAGCUGCAGACGCUGCUGCACCGCACGCGCGAGGAGUCUGGCAAGCUGCAGCUGUUCAUCCAGGAGCAGUACCGCUUCCUGCGGCACGAGGUGACGUCCGCCGCCUCCGAGCGCGUCUCCGCCGCGGCGGGCGGGCCCCUCGGGGCCAUGGGGCAGCCCGCGGCCUCGUGGGGGCGAGGAGACGCCGCGGGGUUUCGAGCACUGGGUCUCCAGGGGGAGGGCACGAGCGGAGGGGGCUCCAUCGACGAAGUCGAGCACGCCCCCGCGCCGUGGCUGCCGGCGCGCCUGGGGGCCGCGUCGGAGCUCGACGGGACCUCGGGCUCCACGGCGUGA